AUGACUCCGGAAAGGGAUAUUGCGUUUGUUACUGAUCGACAUGGAGGUUUGUUGAAAGCUUUAGCUGAGGUCUUUCCGUUUUCUUCUCAUUCUUUUUGUCUAAUGCAUUUGAAGACAAACUUGAAGACUUAUUUGUCAGUGAAGAGUCAUGAAUCUAAAGAGUAUUUGCUUACGCUUUUUAGUAGAUGUGCAUAUGCUCCUACUAUUGAGUUGUUUAUUGAGCUAUUUGAAGAAUUUAAGGGUUUUUGUGGUCGUAGUGUUGAGAAGUUUCUUGAGGAUUUGCCUAAUGAGUGUUGGUGUAACGCUUAUUUUCAAGGCAAGAGGUAUGGUGAAAUGUGCACAAAUGUUGCGAAAUCUUUUAAUUCAUGGAUUAGGGAUGAACGCCAUUUGUUUUCAACUAGUCUUGUUGAUGCUAUACGGGUGAAACUAAUGGAGCAAUUUUCAAGAAGGAGAAAAGUUGGGAAUAAGUGGAAUCAUAUUGUUUGUCCUUUUGCAGAGAAAAAGUUGGAAGAAGCCUUUAAUGAUACAAAAGCAUGGUUAGUUAAGAAAUGUAGCGAUGACAUUUAUGAAAUCCAAUUGGAUCAUUCAUGGGAAAUUGAUUCUUUUCCUUGCAAACAUGGUUUUUGUGCUAUAAAGAGGAGUGGGAAGGAUCUGAAUUGCUUUCUUGAUGAUUAUUAUCGUGUUAGUAGUUAUUGUGAUUCUUAUUCACAUUCUGUCUAUCUAGUUCCUAGUAUGUGGAAGCCAAAUGUAGUUGUUGAUGAUGACGUUGUUUUACCUCCUCUUUGUAAGAGACCAGCUGGACGUCCAAGAACGGAGAGAAUACCUUCUAAGGGCGAAAUCAAGAGAAUUAGAUACAGUAGGUGUGGAAAGAUGGGAACUUAUAAUCGGAAGACAUGUAAAGAAACUUUGCUUUAG